AUGCGCUCCUCCUUCUUUGCCGUCGCAUCGCUCGCCGUGCUUGCCACGCUUGGCUUCAACGCACCCGAGGCCGAGGCCAAGUCGCUCAGCAACAGGCAUCAGCACGUCGGCCGUGCCAUCGCCGCCCACCCGCCCCAGCGCAGAAAGGUGUGCAAGAACAAGAAGCGGCCCGCCAACGCUUCCAACCACACCAAGCCCAAGCAGGGCGGUGGCGCCUCCGCUGGAUCUUCCGCCGGCUCGUCCGCUUCGUCUGACGCCGGCUCCUCGGCUGGCUCCUCUUCUGGCUCCUCGUCUGGCUCCUCGGGCCACUCUCACGCCUCUGCUUCGGCCUCGGCCUCGGCCAGCGCCACUGCAUCCUCGUCGGGCGCGGCCGCCUCGUCGUCUGCCUCUUCGGGCUCGUCUUCGGGAUCGUCGUCCGGCUCCUCCGCUGGCUCGCCCUCGUCCAGCGCUGGUGCCGCUCCGCCCAAGAGCCCCUGGGGCAACUGCUUUGAUCUCACCGCCACCGCCUUCCAGCCGCACUGGAAGGGCGAGGCGACCACCACCUGGUGCGGCGUCGAAUUUGACAAGAGCGCGCCCAUCAUUGCGCUGCCGCUCCAGCAGCUCUCGCAGGCGUACGGCUCGGGCCAGUCGGUCACCUACUACUCCAACCAGGGCCUCUGGAACUCCAUGAUCUCCGACUGGUGCGGCCGCGAGCUCGUCAUCGAGGGCCCCGGCGGCAGCUUCAAGGCCUACUUUGGCGACGCCAACGAGUGGACCUCGGUCGACGUCAACAUGAACCUCUUCACCAAGCUCAAGGGCGUCGGCAUCGGCUCCUACGCCGACCCCGACGCCGCAGGCUGGAUGCACAACAUCAAGGGCUGCUUCACCGGCAACAAGGUCAACCUCAAGGACGGCUACCCCUUGUCGUACAACUAG